GCAUUAAAUAAAGUAUAAAAAUUGGUCAUAAGAAAAUCGUUUUCGUUUUCGUGACUGUUGAGCUUGUUGAUUUAAUCAAAAUGUAUUUACCAAAGUGUGAUUGAAUUUGACAUUUCUCUCGUAAGAACGAUCCUAUAAUGUCAAAUUGGAAAAAUUUUUUUGUUUGUGUUUUUUGACAUUUUAGUACCUUAAAAGAGAGACACACUGAGUUGUCAAUCACACAUUGUUUAAUACACCUUGGAUGAGGGCCUAAUUCUGCACCACGUCGAAUUUCCGUCGUAGUUACGAAAAAAGAACAGUGGCAACCUUGGCAUUCUAGUCUCCGAACUGUUAUUCGAACAUUACGAAAAUUCAAGUUUGUAUGUAUUCCGCAUCACUUCGUAACAGUUAUUCGUAGGUAUUUUUUCCCUAAAGAAAAUCAACGUCGGAAUCUAUUUAAAUUUUUCACAUUUAAGUACUGUGAAUUAAAAUGUAAGUAUAAAAUUGUACAAAUACUUUAUGCGUUUGUAUUUAUAUGAAAUUUAUGCAUAAUAGGGCGAGGACCACCAAUCCAAGCCAAUAUGAAUUGUUGGUAGAGCUACUCACGCCGCUAACGAGCUGAAUGCUUUGGGACCACCAUGCAGGGACUGGGCAGGGUGGCGAAAGACAUGGCUUGAUUGGAAGAGCUACGUUAAAAAGAAGCUUUCCCACAACAAAAUGGAGUCUCGAGCUACUGGAGGGGGUAGUUUUAAUAAAAGGCCCAUAAGCUCCUUAGAAGAUAAGGUGAUUUCGCUGACCGGGCUAGAAACUUGCACCUCAGGCCUUCAAGCUGGGUUAAGCUUCGGUGGAAGGCAGGUAGUGGAAGCAAGUAGUACCAGUAGUCAAGCUGCCAAUAGCCAAGCUCUUGCCACAAAUACCAGGGAAGAAGUUAUUGAAACAAAUGCU